GCCGUGGGGCCGAACGAGCGUCCGCGACAGUCCUGCUCACUCUCCGCUGCGUUCACAUCCCGCCCUUUUUCCCGCUGGGAGGAUCCCGCGGCGCUUCCCGUGGCUCCGCGUAUCCGCAGGACAGCCUCCGCCUUGUGGGGCGGUUAGGCUGGGAGCCCCUGCCUGGCCCGCGGUCACCCGGGGCCCUCGGGCUUGCGCGGGCACCCGACCCCGCGUGGGAUGCUGCCUUUCCCGGGCCGAGCCGGCUUGCCCGUUUGGCCGCUGGUGGGUUGCAACCAGCCCUGAGCCCGCUUGCGUGCUCCCGCCGAAAUGAAUAGGGCUCUCGUUUUUUCGGGCUGGCAGCUGCUCUGCAAGGCCCCCGCCAAAAAUGUCUUUCUGCUCCCCUGCUGCAAGAUCAUUUUUUAGACUGGAGCUGCCGGGGGGUCCUGGGGCCUUCUGGAUGCCCAUUGGGCCCCGUCCCCCGAGCUUGAUGGAGAAGGGGGAGCGCCACGGUGCCUGCUUUUGUUCCGUUUCUCGAGGCUGGCUGGCUGGCUGGGGUCUGAAGAAGGAUCCUGUGCUUGGUUGAUCUUGGAGGACCUUCCUUACGGAGGGGAGGCAGCAGUAGCCGGUACUGCCAUGAUCGCUAAAGGUGCCUUCCCCAGCAACUCCCAUCAUCCCCAGCUAGCAUGCUUGGGGAAAAGGAGGGAUGCAGUAAAUGGCGAAGACGUGGGGAACUGAAACGCUGAAAGUACAGGCAGUGGAUGGGACGUGGAAAAUCGACGACAAACCUGUCAAAGUGGACAAGUGGGAUGGCUCGGCCGUGAAGAAUUCUUUGGAUGAUUCCGCCAAAAAGGUCCUCCUGGAAAAAUAUAAGUAUGUAGAGAACUUCUGCCUGAUCGACGGCCGCCUCAUCAUUUGUACAAUCUCCUGCCUCUUUGCCAUUGUGGCUCUAAUAUGGGAUUAUCUUCACCCCUUCCCCGAAUCCAAGCCAGUCCUUGCAGUGUGUGUUAUAUCGUAUUUUGUUAUGAUGGGGAUUCUGACCAUCUACACCUCGUAUAAGGAGAAGAGCAUCUUUCUGGUAGCACAUAGAAAAGAUCCAGCAGGGAUGGAUCCUGAUGACAUCUGGCAGCUCUCCUCAAGUCUGAAAAGAUUUGACGACAAAUACACCCUGAAAAUGGUGUUCAUCAGUGGCAGAACCAAACAGCAGAGGGAAGCGGAGUUCACCAAAUCCAUCGCCAAAUUCUUUGACUGCAACGGCACUUUAGUCAUGGAUGCCUUUGAGCCAGACGUCUCCAAGCUUCACGACAGCCUGCUCACAGAAAGAAAAAUUAAGUAGGCCUCAUCGCGUGCCCGCCUUCCCGCUGGGCUCACGCUGAGUUUAAGCCAAUAAAGCAAACUAGUAAUGAACUCCGCCUCUGUUUUUGUCCAAGGUCCCCCGUCCAGUCCCACUCUCCUUCCCGAUCUCUUCCUCAAGAGAAGAUGGGAUUUUAAUCUAGGUCCUGCCAAACAGAGGCCAGCAUUGAGUUUGCAUUGGCUUUGCCUUGCUUUAGGUCAGUGUCCGGAUAUGCUUUGUCAGGGCUUCCAUGAGGAUAGAUCUGCCAAGGAUUCUCCUGUGAGAAUCAUGCUGUAGAACAAUCCAAUGCAACCUGGUGCCCUCCAGAAACGAAGGACUGGAACUCCCAUCAUUCCCAGACAGCAUGGCCACUGGGGAUUGCGGGUGUUCCAGCCCAGCAUAUCUAGAGGGCAUCAGAUGGAGGCGGAGGCUUAGCUCUGAUUAGCUUUUCUCUCCUCACAUUACAUCGUAAGGCAGCUCAGCACCAUUCAGUUCAACAGAAUACCUUUUUUUGGUCUCAGUUUCCUACCAAGGAAGGAAUCCUUUGUUAAUUUUUAUGUUGCAAAUUCAGGACAGUGUGUUAAUAGUCCAAUUUUGUCCUUUGUCAACCAUGUUUUCUUUUGUAAUUAUCAAAUGAAGGAAAGGGAUUUUUAAACUAAGUGUUUUCAAGAAUGGAGAAGAAAUCGAGUUGUGGGGAGAAACCAUGCGGAAAAGGCAGUAAGAUAAUCUGCCAGAGCAAAACAACAUCAAAAGGGUUUUUUAAAAGCAAAAGUUUGAAAAUCCCCGUCAUCUCUUCUUUAUCCCAUUUAAUGCUUUAUUCUUGCAGAAAAAAUAUCAUCUUUCCCUUAUAUAAACUGCCAUUUUCUAAAAUGAUGAUAUUUUCCAAUAAAAGGAACAAACUUACAUGAAAA